AUGCCAUCAUCGAAGGGCCGCAUGCUGUCUUUCGUGUUGGUGUGUCCAACCUUGUGCAGCGCGUUCUUAUGUACGAGGAGAUCAUUGUCCUCGCUCGAUGUCGGACGAACAACAAAAAUGUCCGCCGCUGUCACUGGGAGACUGGCCGACAAGGUUUAUCUGGUGACGGGGUCGACUGAUGGCAUCGGGAAGCACACGGCCUCGCGCCUCGCCGAGGAAGGCGCGACGGUGCUGGUCCACGGCAGGCGAGAAUCCGCCGUAAGGGAAGCCGUCGAGCACGUUGGAGGAGGAAAGGGGAAGGUGGAGGGGAUCGUGGCCGACUUGAGCUCGCUGCGAGGGGCGAACCACCUGUGCGAUGAGGUUCUGCGUCUGACGGACAGGCUAGACUGCCUCCUCAACAACGCAGGAGUUUUCGAGGCUGACUUUCGGCAUAGCGACGACGGACUGGAGUACACCUUUGCAGUGAACGUGCUCGCACCGUACGUCAUCACCGGCCGUCUGCUGGACUUACUCGCCAAGGCACCCGGCGGCGGUCGCGUAGUGAACGUGGCGAGCCUGUCCGCUUCCUACUCGCUGGACUUCGACAAUCUUCAGUUCGAAAAGGGCGGCUACAGCGACCACGCCUCCUACUCUCUGUCGAAGCUGCUGGACAUCAUGUUUAACGCGGAGCUCGCCCGGAGAGCACCGAAGGGAAUCACGUGCAACUCGCUCGACCCCGGCACCGUAAACACCAAGAUGUUGAGGGCUGGGUGGGGAAUGGGCGGCAUCCCUGUGAAGAGCGCGAACGACCAGUUCUAUCUGGCGACGAGUGACGAUGUGACCGACAGCUCCGGCGAGUACUACGUCAGCCGCAGGGUGACCACCCCGCCCCCACCGGCGGAAGACGACGAGGCGUGCCGGCGGCUGUGGAGGGUGCUGGAAGAGCUCAGCGGCUUCAGCUAUGCAUGAUUAUGGCGUGGUGGCUGUUCAUUUGUGUCGUUUGUGUUGGGUCGACAGACCGCUCCUGCUAGCCUGGAGCACGAGCGUCUUGCACGUACCCAGAGCACAACGUGGCUUCGAAGGCUUGUACGGCCAUAUAAUGAAAUGUAAAGACGU